AUGCAAAGUCUUCUUUGUAAAUCCUAUCUUUGUUGCGUCCCUGAGCAAGAGCGCAUCAUGAGUAGAGACAGAGCCCCAAGAGUCUUUCUUGGUCGACUACCUCGAGACUGUAAGGAGAGAGACGUUGAGAAGUUUUUCCGUGGAUUCGGACGUAUACGAGAGAUUAAUUUAAAGAGUGGAUUUGGCUUUGUGGUAAGCUUUUAUAAGUUAUGAUGUAGCUCCUUUAACGCGGUUAAAAUCGUGUAAGUGUUACGUUGAAUCUAUGCAUAAACUCUUUCAAUGUUUAGAGGCAUUUAGUUCUUUUGGUACCCAGUCAAAUGCUUCAAAUCUCAGGUUUUACUACAAACGAAAAAACAAUGGGUAGUUUGCGUUCCUGUUUAGUACAAGAAAUAAGCUUAAGAACAAUGGCUCUCUCGGGCGCUUUAUCGGCAAACCGAAGGACAACAACCAUGGAAUCUUCCAAGGAAGGACAGCUUUAGUUUUCAUUUUCCUGAGUCUCAGUAUAACCGAUUUACUAGUACGAAUGUGUAGAACGAUAUUUCAGAAGUUCGCUCUCAUCAAGAAAUUUUCCCCUGGACCCUAAAUGAUGAAGAGGAACCUUAGUGAAGAAGAUAUAUCAAAGAUAAACUCAAAUGGAAUUUAAAAAAAAGAGCAAAGACGAAUAAUCAAGAGCGAUUUUCUUCGAAUUUACUCAAAAUUGGACAAAUUUAAGAGGGUCUAGAUCAGUGCAUGUACUGCAGGGUGACCAAAUUGUGCAUUUGGAUAAGCACUAUUUACGGUCGCUUUGAUACAAGUCAAUUUGAAAUGAACUGAAGUUGAUUCAAUACUUGUGAAAUACUUGAAGUCGUUUCAAAACAACCAUAGUCGUUUCAGUACUAAUAAUAUACAGGAAAAAAUUACUCAGUUCUGAUUGGUUAAGAUAAAUGCAGUUUUCAGGUAAUUCAGUGUAGAAGAGAGUUAAUUCAGAGCAGGAAAGGGUUAAUUCAUUGCAAAGAAAGUAACAAACCAGACAUUCUGAUUGGUCAAUAAUCAAAGAAACUCACAGAUAGCCAAUCAAAUGCAAACCUUGGAUGUCGCAACAAUUUGAAAAUUUGCAAGCAAAACAAUGGCCGGUGUUUAAAGUAGGUUUUCUUUUGCCACUGCAGCUGAAUAACAGCUCAAACAAUGAAAACACUGUAAAAAGCAGUGCUUUUUGGUUGUUGGUUUGGAAAAAGUGAUGUUUAGAGAAGGGAAUUGCUAAGGAAACCAAAAAUUACUAGCCAACCCAGCUUAACACUUUGCUGGAGCGAUCCAACAUCGAAAUGAAAAAACAAACAUGAUUCGGACACAGACAGAACAAUUCCUUGAACUAUUUGUCCGGACUUUGAACUUUUUUGCACCAUAAAGAAGUGAAGAUACCAUUGCAUAUUAUUGUUUUGGUCGUACGCAGUUGUUUCGACUGAAUGCAUGGUUUGAAUAUGUUAUUUUUGUACUUGAUGCUCACGCUUUGCUUAUGCUUACUUAUGAUAAGCUAUCUCAUUUUUUCAUGUAUAUUAUUAACAUGUAAUCACAUGAUUUUUCUUGUGCAAUUUGGAAUAAACAAACACUUGUUAAUUUUUUCGAAGACCACAAAUUGCAUUCGCCCUAUGGGCUCAUGCAAUUUUGUUAGUCUUUAAAAAAAUUUACUCGUGCUUAUUUAUUCCAAAUUGCACUCGAAAUCAUGUGAUUACCUAUACAAACUAGUGAAGGAGUAAUACACCACUUUACUAAUACUGCAUCCAAAUGAAUGCUGGGAUUAGCCAACUAAUGUUAGUUUCAUAUUCCCACACAUCAUUAAUGAUCUCCUUGGCCCAUCAAGGAAGGAAAUAAAGGUUUGCAAACAUACAACUUUAAGAUAAUUUUCAAAGCUUUUUCAACUCUGCAUCUCACACAACAACAGGAAAGAUCUAGGCGAUGUAAAACAACAUGCCCCUUGAAAGACCUAUUACAGGGUUGGCCAAACCUAGUAUUCACUCUGAACUCAGUAUCAGCAAAGUCACAUUUUAGGUGUUUGAUGUCUGGAUGAUAAACCAAAAUUAACUAAAAAAAAAGUGGAAAAGCAAAUCUCUCUCAAGUUAGUUGUGUGAUUUGAGACUCAAAUGUAUAGCAUGUUCCUGUUUGUAAUGAAAUUUGAAUUUGCUGCCAUUACCGAAGUCAAAGUCUAAUCUCCUGGUGGGUCAAAAGACCAAAUUACCAAAGUAGAAGUCUAAUCUCCUGGUGGGUCAAAAGACCAAAUUACAAGUUUAAAACUUCAAAAAGUACAAUGAUAUGAACAAGUGAAUGGCACUUUUAUUUUCUGGUGAGUAUUUACAUGAUCUGCACUUUGAAAAAACUGGAAAUUAAGAAUUGUAAAAUUGAUUUAUAUGAUCAAUUGUUUUUGCUAUGAUAAUCGGUAAAGCACCGCACUUUGCAUAACGCAACACCACACUGUUGGCACUUGUUUCUCAUUUCAACUGGAUAGCCUUUUGGUGUUUUUUGACCUGCAGAUUUGCAUUGUACACAUUCUUUCUUUCAGCCUUCUUCUUGAAUCGCUUGGUGGUUUCUUGUGGGUUCUAGGGCUGGUACUUGAUUCACAGCUCGCUUUUGAUAAGAGUAGGCAUCUAUCAGGUGCUUACCCAACUCUAGCCAAAAAGGGGCUUGUGGUCGUUUUCGCAGGUUUUGCAUCCUUAGGUAUCAGCAUUCUAGAAUAUAACCAUUGCAGGUAGCAACGUUAAAAAGGAACUAAAAGAUGUACCCAUACCACUUUUGCGACUGUCUUCCAAUGGUGCAAUAGGACCGAAAUUGGUUAGCUCCAUCAACACCACCCAUGUUUGCUGUGUAAACAUCUGAUACUUGCGGUUUUUGGAUGUCAAUGUCUCUUCCUCUUUUCUGAUGUUGUACGGUCCGCGAAGGCUCUUCUGGGGAAACAUUUGACAACAAAAAGGCCACAUCUCACUUGUUGUGCCAUUUUGUAAAUAAAAGAUUUCCUCUUUGCUGUGUAAUUGUUUGUCCUGGCUCGCAAAGUUUAUCCUUAGCAUAAGCAGGCAGCCCUUUGCGAUUACAUCUUACUGUUGCACAAGCAUACAUAUCUUGUGCAAGCAAAUGAUUGAACAGGUCAGGCUCGAAAAGAAAUUAUCAAAGAAAACAUGAUGUUUUCUAUUGAAAAAGGGACGGGUAAUACCCAUAACAACAUUGUAUCCCAGCAAGUGACGUCUUUGAAUUUCUCCUUCACAUCCUAAAUAAACAGAGAAAUUGACAACAUAACUGUUCGAAGAAUCAGCUGCCAUCCACACUUUAAUUCCUUAUUUAGUUGGUUUAGCUGGUAAAUAUUGGUGAAAUGAUAGCUUGCCUUUAAACGCUAUCAUCCCCUUGUCAACCGAAAGGUUUUUUGUGGGCAAAUAACAGCGUUGAACAUUUCUUAAAACAGCAUUCAAAGCAGGACGGCAUUCGUACAGACAGUCAAAAUUAACAUCUCCUCGCACGGGUUCCCGACUCAAGUCAUUCAGAUGCAGGAAUUGACUUAUUUCUUCGAAUCGGUUCUUAGGCAUAACUCUUUUAAUUCCUUCAUUGCCCUUGAAAAUGUCUGUUGACCAGUAGUCGUGACCUUGGGAAGAAUAUUCAUCCCAUGAUGAGGCACAUUCCAAAGUAAGCUUUCACUUCAGGUUUAGAAACAUUGCGUCAUCUACCAAGACGUUGCUCAUUGUCAGCUAAUUUUUGGUGAGCAUAGAGGUUUGUCUCCAUGAUUUUCUCAAAAAGAUCCUUGUCAAACAUUAAAUUGAAAAAAUAAUCAGCUUUGGGGUUGACUUGACAGCGAUUCCAGAUUGAGCUGAAAAUUCGUCAACAACGAUGUUACUGAGGUCAGCUGUCCAUUUUUGUUUUUUUUUUUCAUCGUUGCUGUCAGAGGCUUCUUUGUUGCCACUUUCACCAUCCGCUUCUUUAUCACUUUCCUCACCAUCCUCAUCAAUACCCAAAAAAUCAAUGUCAGAACCAUCUCCUCAAUAUCUUUGGUACCUUCUUCAUCUGAAUCACCAAAAAUCACCCUGUAUUCAUCUAAACUAAUUUCUAAAGGAUCUACACACCUUGCCAUUUUUCCGCUCAGGUUAUUAUCGAUUUGGAGCUGAUAAAGCAAAUAGCCACUACAUUGGAAGUUUCUUUGCUUUAUUGACUCCAAGUUGAUAAUAAACUAAGCGGUUUUACAAACUCACGGACGAAAUUGCUCAAUCCUUUUUUUAUCAGAAACUGAUCAUCGCUGUUGCCAUGUUUGUGCAUGCAUUCAUGAUGCAAGAACAUGUUCACAUCUGUCUAUCCCAUCCUCAGGAAGCAUAACUUAUGUGCAGUAAUGACAAUUUGAUAGGUCAAUGCCUUAGUAACAAUAGGCAAAUAUUUAAUAAACAUAUGUGACCCUCCACGGGAAAACGGACACUAACGCUUUUCCGUUUAAGCUGCAAAACCGUUUACUAUCCGUUUAUAUCUGUUUAAACGGUUCAUGAAAGCGUUUAAACGGUUUGCUUAUCCGUUUAAAAAAAUUUGCAUCCGUUGAACGCUUUUGCCAAAACGUUUAAGCGGUGUGUUCAUCCGUUUAAAAAAAUUUGCAUCCGUUUAAAAAAAUUUGCAUCCGUUUAAAAAAAUUUGCAUCUGUUCAACGCUCUAGCAAAAACAUUUAAAUGACUUGCUUACCCGUUUUAAAAAAAAAAGCUAUCCGUUUAAAGUUCCACGGAAAGCUUUGGACUGUUUGCCUAUCAUUCUGUUAUGGGCAGUUCGAAGUAUCAAUCUUAUGUUCGCUCGAUACUCGCCAGUUCUUGAAAUACAGAAAGACCCUAUCUUAUUUUGGUUUUAUCUUUUGCGUGAUCAUAGUGAGCGAGUUUCCGUCGCAUCCUUUGACAAACAAGUUAAGUUGAAAUAUCCGGGUUGGUAUAUUUCGCAGACCCCCAGUCGAUGGACUGCUAAAUCAGCUACUCUCUUUCUGUUUAUAUCAUCUUGAUUCAUCUUUCUUGGUUUUAUUGACAAUCAUUUUAACGGCCCCACUUGGUGUGUGACACUGAUUUGACCUUUUAUUUGCAAUGGAACUUCAUUGCGUAAUUUGACCUUGAAACGUCUCGGCUUCAGACAAGGUGGCGGCAUUGCAUAUGCAACUUUGUUUCGCAAAACUUCCGAACAGGAAAAAAUGAAGUUCAUUUUCAAUAAUAAUAAGAAUAAACAAAGGAGAAGAUUAUGAGUUUCUCGCGGUAGCCGUUCUGGAUAUUCGGCAGCGAAACUAUUCUCAGUAAAUUGCACUUAUUUCAUGAAUGUCACACAAAAGCGGCAGUAAUUAACCCAGAAGUAAAAUGCGCAAGUAUAUGCUAGUUAUUACUUUUUAAAUCAUCAUGCUCAAUAUUUUCGCUUUAAAGGAUAAUUAUCCGUUGUCACUCUGAAAGUUUUUCCGCAGAAGAUCUCGCCAGCUCAACCACAGCCGUUAAACAUUAAUUUUUUGCUCAUCGUUUGUCGAUUUUGGUCAACCGUUUCUUGGUUUAAGCUAUCCGUUUUUGGACUUUGAUCAACUGUUUAAUGUUUCGGGCUGACCGUUUUUAUUUUUGGUCAACCGUUUAACAGUGUGAGCCAUCCAUUUUUGAACUUUGGUCAACCGUUUAACGUUUCGUACCAUCCAUUUUUAUUUUUGGUCAACCGUUUGAAGGCCUAAUCUAUCCGUUUUUGGACUUUGGUCAACCGUUUAAAUUUUUUGCCAUCCGUUUAAGCGGUUAUGGCAUCCGUUUAAAGGCUCGAGUCGGCCGUUUACUAUCCGUUUACAACCGUUUUUCGAGACCGUUUAACGGAAAAGCGUUAGUGUCCGUUUUACCAUGGAGGGUCACAUAUAUUCUUCACUGGGGGAGGGGAUAGAAGGGGAAAAUGACAACAGUUUUCUUGGCCGGUCUAGGAAUAACAACAAGUUUCUGGUUGGCCGGUUUUGGCCGGACCAGGAGUGAAAGGGCUAAUUAGCCUAAUUCUUUUUGUCAAUGAAAAUUUAGGAAUUUGAUGACUACAAAGAUGCUGAUGAUGCUGUUUAUGAACUGAACCACAAGGAAUUCAUGGGAGAAAGGUAUGUUCAAAUAACGUACCCAGCUCUGGGUCUUGUAGUACUUAUCUCUAGGCUUGUGUUUUCAACUAAACCUUAGACCUUCAAGAGCCAAUUUUUGUGCAAUUUUUUAUUGCACAUCAAACCACAGCUGAAUACGUGAAUUUAUGGGUGGGAUGGCUGUGAAGGGAGGUUGGAGGCCACUAACAUAACUGAGGCCAUUAACAUGCCUGGUUUGUAAAAUUUUUUAUUCAGUUACCAUAUUUCUUCACCUAUAAGCCAAGCAAUUUUUUUCAGUAUUUGACACAAAAGUUUGGGAGGUAUUUUCACAAGAAACUGGGUUCAGCUUAUAGCCGAGGGUUUGGGAUUCAAAAACAAGUACAAUUGCAAAUUUAAUUUUAAUACAAAAUGACUGUAAAUUCUGUGACUGCAGCACUCUUUACAGGACAUGUUUUAAAAUUGUCAUGACAACAACGUAUCUCUGCUCUGACCACCAAUCAGAUUCUUUGCUCCCCAUGCAUUGAAAGAUGAUCUCACUCAAUUUGGCAAAACUCUUCUCAUUUUACAUUUCAAAUGAAAUAUUUGGUCACUCUGCCAUGAAAACCACUCUCUCACCUGCUUGUCUAGUUCGGGAUACUUGGGAGUGAAACAGCCCAUUUUUGCACAUUUUGCAGACAUCUUUACCUUGCCAGAAAGAAUAGUUACCUGGUCUCUUCUUCAGCAUCCCACCAUUGACUCACUGAGUCCAUAAUCUCGAGGGAUUUCUGAGUUGUUUUCUACUGCGCCAGCUUCUGCGAUAACUUUUGUCUUAAAAGCCCUAGUAUAUGAAGAACAGCAUGCUUUUGGCAUCAUAAGAAAAAUAACAGCAACAAAAGAGAUACUCGAUUGAAAUGUUUGUUAGGUUACAGUAACUGAGAGUAUUGUUGUGUUUCUACAGUUAGGUAGUAGUAUUAACAUCUUCACUGAUUCUCUUUUUUUCUUUUGUGUUUAUUUUAAUUCAUUAGCUUUGUGUUCAGUGAGCCAUUUCCCAAUGUUUUCCAUGUGGUGUGCUCACUCAAAUGGCCAGCUAUUAUUAAGAAUUUCACCCUUGGCUUACAGCUGAUGGUUUUAUUUAUUUAUUUUUUGAACAACACGAGUUUGUUGGAAGGUCUCUAACUUUCAGGGUCUUGGCUUACAGAAGAAAUACGGUAGUUGGGGAAAUUUUGCCUUCGUCAGGGAAAAUUCAAGGAAUUUCAUAAACUAAUGACUGUAGCAACAAUCAUAAGGUAGUUAUGCUUCAAAUAGUGCAUUGACAAUUUUUUUGCUCAAAGAACACCAGUGAAGAUCUAUGGUACCCUCAAGUUUAGGUAUCAUAGUCAAUAGAUUUUGCUAAGAAAUGUUCUCUUUGACUUGAAAGAGCAAGAUACAUGUUGCUGUUGUGCUAAAAGAAUGGGAAUAAAAGCCUCUUUAGGGAAAUACAUAUGUACAUGUUUUUCUUUUUAUGAAAGAAUAACAGUGGAACAUGCCCGUCCAACAUCAAGGAGUGGAGGUGGUGGAGGUGGUGGUGGAGGAGGUGGUAGUGGUGGAGGAAGUGGAAUGAGAAGAGGUGGUGGAUUCAGGUUCCGAGACAGGUCAGUAACACACAUGUUAAUGGUCUUUUGAUCACAUGGAUGUAAUUUAAUGUGAGAUUCAUGAAGUGUCUUAAAUGUUUGCCUUGACUUAGAAAUUUCUAGUGAAAAAUUAAUUAAUUGGGAAGUGAUGUGAAUAAUUAUAAAUUUUAAGGUAAGAAAAGACAGGCAAAUCUCAAUUUUACAGACACCAAAGUGCCUCUCUACAUUCAUUGUGAUUAAACUCCUUGCUUUGCCCUUUUUUUUGUGGAAACCUUACACGAACAAUUUGUUUUACAGCACCUGUCUCUUCAGUGUGAAGGUAGUUUUUCUGUGGUUAAAAAAAAAUUAGUUGUGUACAUGCAUCUGUGUUAGAUUCACUUUUAUUUGGAGUGGAAUCCUUUCAGCUGGUGGUAAAUUUUUGCUACAAUUUUGUUCAUAUAUGUGACCCUGAAAGGCAAAACGGACACUAAUGGAAAACUGUUCAAAUGGCAAAAACACACAGAUGAUGAACAGUUAAUGAACAGUACUUGAAGCGUUCAAAUGGUUUGUUCAGCCAUUCGAAUGGAUGAGUAAAAAUUUUUAAUGGAUGGGCAAACCAUUUAAACGGGUGAAUAAAUUAUUUGAAUGGUUUGAUUAGCCAUUCAAAGGGUUUGCUUAGCUGUUAAAACGGAUGAGUAAAAUGGAUAAUGUCAAACAGACUGGCAAGCUGGUCGAACAGAUGAAAAUAUACAAAGUUGUAUGACUGGUUGGAUGAAUAAAUUGCUUAAUCAGUUUGCGAAACCAUUCUGAGCGCAUGGCUUAAUCAUGGAACGGGCAAUGUUGCUGUGCAUUGUUUCCAUUUCAUUUGCCAUUGUUGUGAAUUUCAAGGUCUUUAUUCUCAGGAUCGAAAAUGGAGACUAUUUCAACUUCUCAGUGAAAUAAUGUUUUUAGUUAUUGUCUGAAACUACUGAAUAUCCCAUGAAAGUUGUUUUAUCAUCAUGGUUUAAAAUGACAGCUGAGUUAAUCUUUCGUCUCACAAUUUAGUCACAUAGAUGUGGAUUGCAAUGUUUCGACCGCUAUACUGAAUAUCUGUAAAGAAAUGACAAGUUUAAUUUUCUCCUUCUGAACGGAUGAACAGAACAGACAUCAAACCAUUCAAAUGGAUGUUGCAGUUCUCCAAACAGACACUUCUAGUUGGUGAACGGAUGUAAAAACCAUUCAAACAGAUGUUGAAACCAUUUGAACAGGUGUCAGAACUGUUCAAACAGAUGUCGUAAUACUUCGAAUGGAUGCUAAUGAUUUUCGAACAGAUAUGCAAAAUGUUUGAAUGGUUUGCAGAAUGCUUUGAACUGUUUUUUUAGGCAGUUGAAUGGAUGACAAACAGAUAACAAACAGUUUCCCCAUUCGAACAGAUAACUGUUAGUGUCCUUUUUGCCUUUCACAGUCAUGUGGUUGUUAUUAUGGUCACUACUUUAUGUGAGUAGCCACAGUGGUAAGUGGUCCAAGUCAUAUUCCAUUUUUAAUUCCAGUAAGCAGGACCAGUUCUGUACGGUGAUUUUCGAUUUUUAUUUCAUUUAGAAGCCACCUGUAGUCCAUGACUACCCAUUUUUAAGAUUCUACAUUUAUUUAGAUAUGGUGCACCUUAUAACACUGAAUUCAAGUUGACAGUGGAAAAUUUGUCCUCACGUGCAAGUUGGCAGGUGAGAAAUAUUAGACAGGGUUAAUUCUCAUUAUUUGUAUCCAGGAUAGUACUGUACCUCUUCAUUAAGGGUUUACAAAGCCUUCCUUGAUGUGAACUAUUAAUACUAAUUAAAGCAAAAGAAAAUAUUUCAAAUAUGCAAGUACCCUCAACCUUUAGACAUAGAUCAGGGAGAUGCAAAAUUGUGAGACCUACUUCAGAAGGUGCAAAAUAUGAUAACAUGAUGUUACAUUUUAAUUACCAAUGGACAAAACUGACCAAUCACAUUUGAUGAGCCUUGUGGGUCUUCCAGCUAACAGGCUAAACUCUAUCCUCAAACAGCUGUUCACUUUCCUGUGACGAUGACCUCCUUAGAGUAGAAGUCAACUUUUACUAGUUUUCACCAACAACAGUCAUUUCAGGAUUAUUCUCACGCAGAUGAUUACACAAGACUGUCAAUUACUUAGCAAGUUUGUUUACAACAGUAGAAACUUGUGGAAACAAUUUAUUAAACAAUUAGAACUAAAAGCAAGACCUUUUCUAGUGACUCAUUUGCCCUAUGCAAGUUAAAUGGCAAUUCAAGUUACAUGGCAAUGCCAACUUCAUGCUGCUGUAAAACUUAAGUUCUGAUCAAAGCAGCAGUUAUGUCUUAAACUAAAAGAACAUUAUUUUAUUAUCACCUGUAACAUCUUGUGUGUUCUACCAUGCAUUUGAAAGUUCAUUAUUCCUUCAUAAAUUUAUCCUUUUUCCUUAUGUAUUCCUGUUUAAUUUUGUAGGAUUCACUGGUGAUGAAUGACAAAAUUGUUGUUUUUUUCAUUACUUUUCAACCCUACUAAACAUGGCUUAAGGAAUUUACCUAAGGGCAAAACUGACUUGCUCAAACAGCCAGUGCUUUGUUAAGUAAUUAUUUAUAGUUACUGUAUGUCUUUCUAGUCACGUACUCAUCCACAGAUGUUGUCCCAAAAUGCUGUGCUGUGAAUUUCAUGUUCAACAUUAUUUUAUUAUUACUGUUGCACAAACUGUAUAGCUACUGUAGGCCUCACAAAAGGUUAAGCUAGAAGGUGAAUAUAUUUAUGAAAGAACAGCGAUCUUCAUGUUAUAUGCAUAUGGAAAUAUAAACAGCUCAGCUCCUUAAACAGUUGUCAGUGAACUCUACCUGGUUUUUCAAUUUUUUUUUUUUUUUGCAAGCCCAAUGGCCUCUUCAGAGAAAGCAAAGGUCAAUGGCCAGACUCUGGUGAACAUAGAUGGAGUUGAGCUGAAAAAUUAGGAGGUCUCAAAACUGGUCAUAUCUGCCACUAUGUAUGUUUUUCUCCAAGAAAUGUCACAUCAGCAACACUUAAAGCAAAGACAUAAAGUUAAUGAUAAUAAUUGUACCCUGGAUUGUAACAGUUUUUCCUGCUAAGGAAGAGGCCUAAGCUAAAGUUAUAUGGGCUUAUUCACAACUUGCCUUUUAGGCUCAGAAAUGCAAGGAUGAGAGAAAGUGUUUCACAUUAAGGCUUCAAGAAUUUGUAAAAAGCAUGUGAAAACACUAAUAUGAAAGGAUGAAAGUUCUUACAAUUUGUUUUGCUUUACCUAUACAGUACCUUUCAUUUUGCAAAUUUGAUUUGCACAAGAAAUUCUUAAUGUGAAGUAUGUCAGACUUCUAAAUUUUACUAUUUUAAGUGCCUGAGUUUACAAUGAAUGCACUUGCGAUCUAGUUUUGUCUCAAAAAAGCACGUUGCUCUUCUAGCAGGGACCAAUUGUGCAUAUCUGUCAACAAAACUUUUUUUCAAUUUCUGCCAUGGAAGUCUUCCUCCCAAAUCGUUAAAAGUUUUCUAAUGGGUUAACAAAAAUGAUUAAAAGAGUUGAUCAAAAAGAAUGCAAAUAGAAAUCUCAUUCAUUUUGUGAUUGAGUUAUGGCCUCAUUCUUGAAGUGAACAAGUAUUUUUACCUUUAGCUUUUCCUUGUGCAACUGUUUGUUAGAACAAAGUUUCAUAAGCAGUACAUUCUUAAACUUUGUCAAUUUCUUUUGAAUACAUCAUUAAGUAGAAGUUCAUGCUUGAUUCCUGGACUCAGAAGUAUGUAAUACACUGCCAGAGUAAUGCCAAAUUACAACAGGUAGAAGCCCAUACCAAUGUGGCUUGCUGCUGCAUCAUCAGCGUGAUCUAUAGCCUGAUAAAUACUUGGUCUUCGCCAAUGAGCAUGCAAGAGUGUUGUUUUAAAAACGAAAGUAUGGUAACUUUCACAGUUAAGUCAGAGUGACUGUCCAGUCUAUUUAGAGUUCUGAAUCUGGUGUAGGCUUAAGUACCAUAUCAGUAACUUCCUUCCUUCCAUUUCUUCCAUCUUUAGCCACAGUACUUAGUGGUAAGGUACUUUAUGGGAGCUUGGUUUUAGGCAGAAAUCAAUUCCUGAUCUAUGACCUGGUCUGUGCGUAAAAAGGGGAAAAUUAGUGGCCCUGGCAUAAAAUAUGACACUUGGCUUGCCGUCUUAAGAUUGUGUAGAUCAUUCAAUUCGUGGUGUGGUUGCUUGGUUGCUCAGUGGCCCUGUUUGCUCAUGGCAACCCUUUUGGCUCAUUAACAAGCUGACAUGGGAAUUGGUAUGGCAUGAAGGCCUUGGUUAUCAUCUCGGUUUAAUUUGAAGUUCUUGGUCUUAAUAGUUAGUUUUGCAAAGGUAAGGUUCGUAUCUCUGUUCUUUAGGGAUUUUUUUGUACAGCUCAAAGGUUUGAAAUAUUUAAUUUGUUAGUGUAAAUGAGUGCCCUUGUCAAAAUGUAUUGUGUUACUCAUAAGAUGCCUUUUUUUGUAAUUCAUUUAAUGUACUGAAAGGUGUAACUUGCAUUUCCGUUUGCACACUCAGCACCUACAGUGUAAAUUAUUAGGUUAAUUUUUUUUUACAUAUUUAACUGGAAGUCUUGUUUUACCCGAUUUUAUCAUGAAUGUCUUUUUAUAGAGUCAAUCAAACAAACUUGUCAUCUCCUUUGGACAGGCAAAGAAAAGUACUCUUCACUGUACUUUGUACUAAUGUCUUUGCUGUUUUGCAGGAUCUGAAAGAUUACAUGCGCCAAGCAGGGGAAGUGACCUUUACCCAGUGCCAUAGAGAUAGAAUAGGAGAGGGGUUAGCAUCAUUUGUUAUAGUGCAUUUAAAAGCACUAUUCCAGGAAUACUGACUUGUGUGACAGUUUUUAUUUGAUUUCCACUCAUAUUGUGUGUUAAACCAUGGAACAAGGGAUAUAUUAUACCACUAUUCUUUUAUUUUCUUGUACUUUAGCUACUAGUUUUGCAUUAAAUCCUUUGACCUUAUCUAAGCAUUAUUGGUGGUAAUGUUGUUGCAUAUUUAAUGCAUCCCAUUGCAUGAUAUUGUAAAAUGGUUUAUUAGUGGCAUAUAUUGACAUAAUUACUUGUUUGAUAUAUUUCAGGGUUGUUGAAUUUGCCAGCCUUAAUGACAUGCAAAGGGCACUGAAACGUUUAGAUGGUACUGAGUUGCUGGGAAAGCGCAUAAGGCUGACAGAGGUAUGUUAGUAAUCCUGAAAGCUAUUCAUGUUCAAGUCUUAAAUAUUAGUUAUGCUACUUAACUUUUGAAUAAUGCCUUAAACAUUUGAAUGAUGGAACUUCAGACUAGAGCUGUGGCAAGAUCUUUAGCAAGUACUUACUUGACUUGAAGUUUUAUCAUCUAGCUAACCUGUGGUACAGAUUUUGGUAAUUAUGAAGUGAUUUACAAUUUUGGUGUAGAGAUUUGCUGCCAUUGAAUUGAUCAUGUCAUGUGAAAUGUGACGCAACUAGCCAUGCUGAGAUUUUGGAAGUGUGCACGUUCCCCUUCUCUAUGGUUGGUUUAUGUGGGUUUCCUAAAAGGUCUUCUCUUCACAGCUUGUUAGAAGGCAGCCAUUAGUGUUAUUGAAGCAAAAUGCCUGUAGCUCUGAUUCCUUAAUUAGGAAAAGUGCAUCUAGGCUUCUGAGCAUGAUUGGUUAGUAAAUAAACUCCUGCUUAUUUAUAAACUAUAUUGGGGAAUUUGCUUGCUUUGAGGUUCUAUGCUCUUGAUAUGGAGACAUGAAUUGCUACAUGUGAGACCUUUGAAGGUUAAUCCUUGAAAUUUUUCUUAUUUUUGUUGUUGCCUUGUUGUCAUAGUAUUGAAUUAUGGGAAAUCUGUAUUUAAGGCUUAGUCCUGGGGCUGUCCAACUCUUUGGAUGAGCAUAAACAACCUUUGAGAGCAACUUGAUUUUGUAAUUUACCAUUAUUUGUUUACCAUAGAGAAACCGACCGCGAAGAUCCCGCUCACUCUCACCACGGCGCCGAACAAGGUUGGCUAUCUCAAUUUUGCUUCAUAGUGCUAAACUUUUCUCACAAACAUGCUCAACCAUGUUGUUCUAACACAUUGUUAUCAAAAUGGUUACUCAAACUGUGUCCUUUCUUUUAGAAAAUUUAUUAAGUCCAUUACUCCCCCACUUUAACUUCAGGCCCCGAUUGUUCAAAGCUGGGUUAAGGUAACCCAGGGUUAGUGUGAAAUUUGAUUUCAGGUCUGAAAAUUUUAAGAGAAAAUUCAGUUCAAAUCUUUUUGCUUGCAAUUUGAUCAUUGGAUGUUCUAAAAGAAUAGUGAAAAUUUUCCCAAAAAGACUUUUGAACAAAGAAAUAAAGAAAGCUGGAUUAAAAUUUAACCCUGGGUUAGAGCUAAUCGGCCUUUGAACAACUGGGCCCAGAACUAUAGGCUAUACUGAGCAAGGUGUUUGUUUCUCAACAGUAGGUCUAGGUCACGUUCGCCAAGGAGGUCACACUCACCUGCCACCAGAGGACGCCACUCGCGCUCUCCAUUGGCUCAACGUGGCCGCUCACUAUCACCACGCCCUAGUGGCAGUCCUGGAAGACGACUAUACUCAAGUUAAUUAAGGACUGGGUUGCUCUACAAAAAGUAUUCUCAUUAAUAUUGAGGUUGUUAGCUCUUGCUUCAAGUUCAGUCGCUGUUCAGCCCAAAUUAGCUGUUGAUGUUAUUUUAUCUUUUUAGAUUGUUGUUGUUUUGAGUUUUCGUUGUGAUAAGCAUUAGAGACAAUUCACUUAACUUUUUUCAGUCAAUCAUUUAAGUGUAUUGUGGUCAAAUAAAUUAGACAUGAUAAUUUUUGUGGAGUCUUAUUAAUUUUUAUUACAGUAAUUUGUCAAAAAGUUCUCCGUGGGAAAGCUCUUAUAUGGCAAAAUCAGACAAUAUACUGUUGCUCUCUUUUUUUUAGGCCCAUUUACCUGUGUUUUGGACAAACUAUGACCAUGUUUAGAGUCAGAUAUAUUGUGCUUAAACAUUCAAGCAUUAAGCUUUUGAACAUUGCCCCUGAAAACAUGGCAGUAUACCAGAAUUUAUGCAAAUUAUUUUCCAUUUUGCUUAUUUAAGGGCCCCUCCCACCCAUCAACAGAUAAAACCUACUAGAGGGAGAAAACUUACUGCAUUUUAUUGGACCAAAUUCUCAGGCUACACAUCUCAACCUCCUAUUGAUUAUGUGAGCUAACAACCAGGCAAGUAACUAACUCUUAAAAAAGUAUAUAAAAAAAUUAAAAAGACUAGAGCAGGAUGCUCUCUUUUGAAUUUGUCAAUGAACUUUGCCACUUUGAAUCUUGCUUAGCACUUUGGUCAAUUACCUAUCUCUGAACCAGGGUUCAAACCUGUUUUCCCUGCUGUUGGAAGUCUAUCGCAGCAAUUUGGAGUUGUAAAGGUACUCUGGCAUAAAAGAAUAAUUUUCUUUGAUAACCUGGGACACAGCAGCUGCUUCAAGGUCAUGCAAUGAACAUUAGGGUUACUUUAUAGAAUAUCAAACCAUGACUUGCAUUGAUAAUUCAAAUGGUUGAAAUAAAAACUAAAUAAUUUCUGGAGAAGGCUUUUCCUUGGAACAAAUUUUGUCUGGUGGACUGAUCAAUACAAAGGAAUUAUUCAUCUCAACUUAGACAAGCACACGUCUUUAAUGGUCAAAGCUAUCAGUGGACACCUGCCUAACUAUAGGACAACAUGUGUCCCAAAUACAUAUGUGGUUUAUAGCAUAAGAUAUCUACCUUCAAAAUACACUAUAAAGCAUAUUUUUUCAUCUAAACGCAAACUAAAGGCCAAUUAUUUACUCGAGAUCAAACUCAAACUGUGGUUUAAUUAUUAUUUAAUAAUGAAAUAAAUGUUCUCCUUAGCUUUUGGCCCUCUUGACACUAUUCACUAAACUAGAUGUUCUGAUUAAAGAUUUGGCUAAAUUGAAAAAAUGGUUUAGAAUGCAGUUACAUUAGAUGAUGGCUAAAUUCAGUUUAAAUAACCACCCCUCAAUGUUUACAAAUGCACCAGACUUGUGGUGUCAAAGGCAGUUAUGGCUUUAUACCACCAUGUGCACUACAUGUUAAUAGUGAACAUGUCUUUCAAAAGUUGACCUACCUCAAUUCCAAAAUUGUCAAAAGAGGUUUAAGAUAUAUUAACAUGUAAGCAAAAUCAGGAAUUUUAUAAUCUUAACAGAUUAUUUGUACAUGAUUGUAAUUUAAAAUGAUUAUGUGCACCAGUGAAAGGUUUCUCUUUCUCUCUAUCAUUCCAAUCUUUAAGGGCAUCAGAUGAACAUAGAUCCUGAGAUCUUUCUUCUUUAAUGCCUGAUGCUACAACAACAUAGGCAAGAAGCAAAAG